UCAAAUUGACAGUUCGUGUUCGUGAAUUUAUUAUUUUCGAGAAUUUGCCGAAUUUCGUCCAAUUGGAGGUCUUUUUUGCUGUUAAUUAAUUACAAUAGCGUGUAAAUUGAUUUAAAAAUACACUUAAGCCAUAUCUUAACACCGUUUAUUGUUAACUAACACAAUAUCAUGGCAGACAAUCAAGACACUCCUAUGGCCAAUAAUGAAGCUGACGAAGUGCCGAAAGGCGACGGGCUGGGUCAAAACAAACAGGGCAAAGAUGAUGAGCCUGGUUCACCUCCGCAAGCCGCCACGCCUCCACCGGGCAACGAAGACACCCAGGAGCUGAUAGUCAUUAACGAAAACACUGAAGAGCUGGACUUGAACCACGGGAGAAUUGGAAAGAUCGAGAAUUUAGAGCCUUUAAAACAUCUUGAGAGGUUGUAUUUGAGAUGGAAUCUCAUCAAAAAGAUAGAAGGGCUGGAUACUUUGAGCACAUUGGUGGAGCUGGAGUUGUAUGACAACCAGAUUGUAACCAUUGAGAACUUGGAUAACCUUGUCAACCUUGAAAUCCUAGACCUAUCAUUCAACAGGAUAAAAGAAAUAUCAGGGCUUGACAACCUUCUGAAGCUGAAAAAGUUAUUCAUCAGCUCCAACAAGAUUUCAGAGAUCAAAAACGUCAACCAUUUGCCCAAAUUGGAACUCCUGGAGCUUGGAGAUAAUCGUAUACGGGAAAUAAAAAAUUUAGAAGGCCUGAAGUCCCUCAAACAGUUGUACUUAGGCAAAAAUAAGAUAACCAAAAUACAAAAUCUAGAUGACCUGUCCAGCCUUGAGAUACUAGUUCUUCAGAGCAAUCGCAUCACCAAAAUAGAAAACUUAGAACUGCUUACAAACCUCGAACAACUGUACAUAUCGGAGAAUGGCAUAAUAAUGAUGGAAAACAUGGAAAGUCAAGGGAAACUCCAAACCUUGGAUCUGGCCAUGAACAGAAUCACAGUGAUCGAUAACGUGAGGCAUAUGAGCGACUUGGAAGAAUUAUGGUUGAAUGAUAACCAAGUAUCAGAGUGGUCAUCGGUGGAUUACUUGCAAGAGAACAAGAAAUUGGCUACGAUAUACCUGGAAAGGAACCCAAUAGCUUCGGACCCAGCAUACCGGAGGAAACUAAAGCUGACCCUGCCAUCGCUGCAACAGAUCGACGCGACGUUGUGUAGAUAAGAAUUUCGUGUUAUUGGUAGCCUAAAAAGUAGUUUGAACUUGCGAAAAUGAAUGUAGUUACUGUAGUUUCGGUUGUAUUUAGUUGGUGUGGUGGAGUUUAUUUAGUUAUAUUGAUUGGAAUGUAUUUAUCGCAGUCAAAAUGAUGAUUACGAUUAAUUGUUUGGUAAGACUAAAAAUCUAAAAUGUGUUUAAAUAAGCCUUUCCAUAUUCGAAAUUGAACACAGUUUGUCUAUAAGCCACGAUAGCCGAACAGUGAAGGGGUCGGCAGACUCGAGAUCCGAGUAACGCGGGUUCGAAUUCUACCGAUCGACUAUUGUGGUGAGCCCACUCGUGACACAAGCAUAUUUAGCUUACCACAAGGGGCAAACGGGAAUUUUGAGUUUUUGCACAAAUUACUCUUUAAAAAAAAGUUAUAUUAGGCUUUAAAACACUUAAAUAACACAAAUUAUUACGCACAUCAAUUUUCGCAUGAUCAAACAUGUUUAAAUGGUUUAAAUGAGUACAUCUUACGCAUAAGUCUCAUCCAUCAACCUCCUAGCAGUCGCAUUUGACCGAUUAUAUUAUCUAUUGUGUCUCGAAUCGCGAGGUUGAAGAGAUAACAACAAAAGCUUAAUUAUAUUGUCCGAUAUUAACUCACUGACAAUAUCUCUAAGGCCCAGAACAGACGGUGAAACGCAACUGCAACGAAACUGCAACCUUCUGAUGAUUCUUAUGAAUGAAACUGAAACUGAAAGUUUAAAACUGGUCGCGUAAUGUGUGGUCUCUCAACGGACGCUAUGGCAGAAACUUAGAUGCAACUCAAAAGUAACUAGCAGUUGUAGUUGCGUUCCACCAUCUGUUCUGGGCCUAAAUGGUAUCAAACCAUCUCUUAUAUUCUCAUAAGAAAUAACAUAGGUAUGUUUACAACCCGAUUGAGCUUCCCGCGUUCGCCCCUUCCGUACCAGUGGCCUAAUUUACGUAUUUUGACAGUCAUCAUCUCGUUGAUGACGUUCAGAAGUCGUCCCAUUGAAAAACAGUUCUAAAUCCGUACUCACAAGGGUCAUUUUGAUAAAACGAUUACUCAAUAGGAUCCAACUCAGUGUUUUGUUGUCGUUGAAGUUUUGUUACGUGAAUAAAGCUACAGAGCGUCGAUGUGACGUCACGCACGCCUGGUGCGCAGUGAACUCCAUCGGGUUUCAUGGUGUUUAAUUUUAACACUCCCUAAUUUAAGUAAUAACACUAGAGCAGCUAGGUAAAUAAUAAAAUCAAAAGUGCUUAAAAGAAUUAUCAAAUUAUUGAAAUUUUACCAAAUUGACUAAAGCUUUAUAAGUUCUUCCAAUUUUAACAAAAAUGUAAGUAGAAAACAUGAUUUUAAAUUAGUUCCUUAGUAUUACUAAAUGUUAACUCUUCAUAAAUUAUUGUAUUGUGUAAUUGGAUAUUUUGUGCACAUGGAAAAAUAAUUGUUGUAUGUAUGUUUGAUCGUGUAGCAUUAUGCUAAAAUAAAUUGGCCAGUUUUUAUUAAUACUCGUUUAAGGUAAAAACUAAGAUCAUGAUUUCAUUUAAUAUUAUUAAAUAAAUUAUACAAUUAUAUUUACAUAUCCUUGAACUAGAUCACAAUUGAAUAAAGGUGCCUAGGUAUUAUCCAAAUCCGUUCAGCAUUCACAAGUUUGAAUUACAAAUAUUCAAACAAGCGCGUUUAUAAUGUUAGUAGUAAUAGUAUUAUUUAAAAGUAAUAGCAUUUAUUUUACUUUAGAUUUGCUUUCUCGCGGUUAUAAUAAAAAACCAUGAAGGACUUGAGUGUUGUGCCUACCUUUACAAUGAGGGUU